AUGUCUGCCACCGAUACGUGUCCAUCGCCUGCAAAGGAAACAUCAGAGCCCUUGGAGACUGUCGAAGAUUGCAUCAUCAUUGAAGAGGCUGCUGACCAAUCCAACGGAGUGGGAAAGCCGGAGAAGAAGAAGAGGGAGAGGGCAUCUGAAAAGCCUGCCUCCAAACCGUUACAAAAUCGAAGCAUCUCGGCGUUCUUGAUCAAAAACAAGAAGCAGAAGACAGAAGAAGAUGCCGCAAAGGCUGAACCUGAGAAGGUGGAGAGCAUGGAAAUCGAUCCUUCUACAACUCCGCAGCAAGAAGAAAAGGAUACUCCUGCCGAAGAUCAACACAUCUCUGAAGAAGAUGUCUCUGAAGUUGUGGUGACAGAGGAAGUGGUCGAGAGCACGGGAGACAAGGAUUCAGCUCGAAGGUCUGAGGCAGAAGACAAGUUGGUCGCCGAAGUUUCGGCUGAAGAGCAGAAGAAGGAAGCUGAAACCAGCGCCAAGGAUGAUGCCGCAGAGGAGGGAGAAUCUUUGUUGAAUGAACCCCAGGAGAAGAAGUCAGAGCCGGUCAAAAAACCUACCAAGACCAGCAAACCUGUGCAGAAAUUGUCUGAUGCAGACAAGGCCAAGAGAAUUCUGCAAUUGAAUGAUGAGCUCAACACUUUGAAAUCGGACAAGAUCUUCGUAGAUUCUGCCCCCUUCUUUCGACCAAGUGAUGCUGAACUACAAAGUGUACUGGAAGAUUUGCAAACGAUGAUGGAUGACGAAAACAAGAGCCUUCCAAUGAAGACGAGACAGAUCCUGGCUAGAUUCGUCGAAGGCAACACGAAAACUUGCCAGUCACUUUGCGAGAAUCUGUUGGAGAAGAUUACAUCUCAAGCUGGAGAUAUCAAUCUAAAUGAUUUGCAACCAAAGUUGGAAAGUUGGUUGCAGAUAGUUGCAGAGAUGCAGUGCAACGACAAUCUGAAGAGCUUAUACGAUGAAUGCCAGACUGCUAACGUAAAGGGAAACUUGCAUAUCUUGUGGAAAGUCAAAGAUCUUGCUGAUAUUCCAGAUAAAUUUCGUACAAUUGUAGAGCAAUAUCGUAAGAUGGAGCUCGCUGUUUCUGAAAGAAUGGUGCACAUUCAAAACAUGCUUUCGACCGAUGAUAACAAGACGUUCGCCAAGCUGGACAAAACCUUGCUGGCUAUGAAAGACAAGUUUUUGAAACUUGAGGAAAAGGAGAAGAAAGAUCGAGAAAAACUUGAAAGCAAAAUUGAGACUGAAAGAAAGAAAUUGGAAGAGAAAGAAGACAAGCAGAGGAAGCGGGAUGAAGAGAUCCGGGCCAGAGAAGAGGAGAAGCAGCGCAAAAAGGAGGAUAUUCGUGCCAAAGAAGAGGAGAAACAACGUAAGAAAGAGGAGGAGCUUGCAAAGACGAAGGAGAAAAAGGAGCCCAAGAAGGUUGAAAAGCCUGACGAAAAAGAAAAGAAAGUCAAACAGACCGUUGAUAAACCGAAAGAUACAGCAACAGUCAAGCAAGCUACUUUCAUGGCAAGCUUCUUCAAGAAGUCAGGCGAUUCUCCCACCAAAUCCACGGUAGAUGAGAAGGCCAGUGCUUCCAAAACAGAUUGUGUCAAAGCGGCGAACGAUAGCGCUUUCAAGGAACUUUCGUCCAAGACUUCGUCCGUUUUCCGUCCAUGGGAAGCACCUAAAAAUGCGGUAGUGGCAAGCUUUCCGUUCGGGCCUGUCCAGAAUUCCAAAUCAACACGGGCGGCUCCAGCUGAUAGCGAUCUGCAAAGCUGGUUAGACUUGCUGAGAUCAGAGCCGAUCCGUGAACGACCUCAACGAGCUUUGAGAGAGGAUGGAAAGAUUCACCCCAAGAUGAAACUGAUUCAGCUAAACAUGAAACUUCCAAUCGUGAAAACUCAGCUUGUAGAUGUUGAUGUAGAUGCUGCUCAAAAGGUGAUGUGGGAUAUUGAAGAGGAAGGGCAGGAGGCAAAGAUUGAAGCGAUCAUGAACGAAGCAGAGCCGACGAGCGAUGGUCUUUACAAAUACAGGGGACGAAUCUUGCAGUUUCUCACUGAAGGAGGCGGUUGGUUUGACUGCAGAAGACCACCCUACUACGGUACUGUAUCCCGAGCUAGCAUGGCGAUCAACGGGAGAAGGCCAUUGCAGCAGGACCCCGAGCUUGACUACUCGUAUGUUUUCGUACACGUUUUGAGUACUUUUGUUGACACGGAGCUGUGCAGGUAUGAAAGCGAUGCAGACUGGGAAAGUGAAGUGGGAGAGGGUGAAGACCUUGGGUCCGAUCUUGACGGCGAGGAUGAGGAAGAGGAAUACGAGGAAGAGGAUGGCGGCUUCGUUGUGCCAGAUGGAUACAUGUCAGAUGACGGCAUGGAAAACGGAGUUUGCAAGAAGAAACUGCAACAGAUCUUACACUAUCAGUCACUACCGGUUGAGCUUACUGAGAUGCUUUCUGUCAAGAUCCUUGACAACCUUCCGCUCUGUCUAUCGAGCGAUCCGAACAUACAUCUUGAUCCAGACACCGACUACUACGGAGACGACAUCGGCCAUGCUCGUGCUGCGAGCCUUGAGGCGGCAAUUCAGAUCCUCUACAAUCAUCCGACGGCUGUCGCCUUCACUUACCUGCUGCCUGACAGCGAGCACAAGCUUGCAGGUACAGUAUUCCUCAAGGGCCAGAAGGCUCUGGAACAAAAGCAAGAGUUUUCUGGGAUGGUGUCUGGCUGCUUGAAGAGAAUAUCCGACGCGAAGAAGCAGGCAAUCUGGAAGGAGCUCUUCGCGUCUAAGAGUGAGGCUGCAGCUAUGGCAACCACAGCCAGCAAGCCAAAUCAAAACUCAGGCAACAAGGGAGGUGCGAGCGCGCAGAUGAAGAUCGAGGAUAAGCAUCUACUGGCGAUCGUGAAAAUUCUACAUGGAUCGACAAAAUCCAAGAGCGACCUCGUGCAGGCGUUCAUUGCCGCCUGCCCCGAGCUGAGCAAGUCCAAGGCCGAGCGGAUCAUUAGCAGCGUUGCAAGCAAGAAGGUGGAGCUGGGGGCAAGCAGGUGGGUUCUGCUCGAUGAUACAAUCAAGCGAAGUCCCUUCAUCCCCGAGAUCGCCAAGGAGGCAUGGAAGAACAACACAAGGAAGAACGCCGCAGCCGUGUCGUGA